GGUGAGGGAGUUUCUGUGUGAGUUUUCUUAAAGAAGCACUUCCUUUUUAAUCAUAACCGUGUGUGAGAAAGCAUAUGAAACAUUUCUCUCUAAAAUACUACAGGCCAGAAGAUUUACAUAAAGAGAAGAAAUGCUGAUACAACAUUAUGUUGUAACUGUAAGCUAUGUAUUUACCUGUACUAUGGAAAGUUAGUUGUUGGUGUUUGAAAUGCGUUUCUCAGAGAAGUAUGAUUUUAAAUGUGACUUCAGUGGAACUGUUGCUACUGCCCAUGAAAGAGUUCCUUCUGGAAUCUUGUCUCAGACUAUGAACUACGUGGGACAACUUGCAGGUCAAGUCCUGGUUACUGUGAAAGAGCUGUACAAAGGCAUCAAUCAGGCUACUCUUUCAGGAUGCAUUGAUGUCAUUGUGGUCCGACAACAGGAUGGUACAUACCAGUGUUCUCCUUUUCAUGUCCGAUUUGGGAAGCUUGGUGUCUUGCGCUCUAAGGAAAAAGUGAUCGAUAUAGAAAUUAACGGCGAUGCUGUUGAUCUUCAUAUGAAACUGGGUGACAAUGGAGAAGCUUUCUUUGUACAAGAAACUGAAGAGGAAAAUGAAAAAGUUCCUGCAUAUUUGGCAACUUCUCCAAUACCCACUGAAGACCAGUUCUUUAAAGAGACUGACAAUCAUUUGAAGUCAGGUGAAAAUGAGAGGACGUGUCCGAACUCAGAGGUUCCACACUCUGUGGAAGCAGAGACUGUGUUCACCCCAGGUUCUGUGAAAAAGAAAAAAAGAAGAAGAAAGAAAUACAAACAAGAUAGCAGGAAGGAAGAUCAAAUCUCUUCUGCUGGGACGGAAGAGAUUUUUGAAAUGGAAAUAAGCUCAGAUGAUGAGAAAGGUGUUCAGCUACUAAGAGGAUCCUCAAAUUCAUCACCGAAGGGUGAAGAACAGAAAGAAUCUUUGAUUUAUCACUCGAAGGAUCGUUACCCCUUGUCUGAUGGAGACUGGUCCCCUCUGGAGAACCCUUUCUCAGAGCCAGUCUGCCCUAAGAGUGAUUCAGAACUAGAAGUUAAACCUGCUGAGAGCUUGCUUAGAUCUGAAUCUCACAUGGAGUGGACAUGGGGAGGAUUCCCAGAAUCAACCAAGAUAAGCAAGAAAGAAAAGCUGGAACAUCUCAGAACAGCUACCAUUACACCAUCAGAGAAGACCCAUUUUAGGGUCAUCCUCAGCUCUGAUGAAGUUGAAGAUGAUGAUGUGGUGAAAGAUUCCAUCUGUACAGUACUGAAACCUGAGCCAAGAACUCAUCCUCUGCUUAAGCAGAUGGAUGUUAAAGAUUCCCUUGCUUCUGCAAUCGUAGAACCACAAGAUUCAUUACCAUUAGAUGCUGAUCAUCAUUCUCGAUUGUUGGUGGAUCCAUCACCAGAAACAAAGCCACCAGCAAAAAUUGACUCCCCUUCGAAAAAGAAAGGGGUGCAUAAGCGAAGUCAUCAUCAGGGGCCUGAUGAUAUCUACUUGGAUGACCUAAAGGCUUUGGAACCUGAAGUUGCAGCACUCUAUUUUCCUAAAAGUGAUUCCGACCCAGGCUUCAGGCAGUGGACAGAGUCAGAUACCCUUUCUGGUUCCCAGUCACCACAAUCUGUAGGAAGUGCUGCUGCUGAUAGUGGCACAGAGUGCAUGUCUGAUUCUGCUAUGGACUUGCCUGAUGUCACGCUGUCGCUCUGUGGAGGUCUCAAUGAAAAUGGAGAGAUUUCUAAAGAAAAAUUCAUGGAACAUAUUAUUACUUAUCAUGAAUUUGCUGAAAAUCCAGGACUCAUAGACAACCCUAAUCUGGUAAUAAGGAUUUAUAACAGGUAUUAUAACUGGGCAUUGGCUGCUCCUAUGAUUCUGAGUUUGCAGGUGUUUCAGAAAAGUUUGCCCAAGGCUACAGUCGAGUCUUGGGUCAAAGAAAAAAUGCCAAAGAAGUCUGGAAGGUGGUGGUUCUGGCGCAAGAGAGAAAGCAUGAUUAAACAGAUACCGGAGGCAAAGGAGGGGAAAUCUGAGACACAAAGAGCAAAUGAGCUGCCAGCAACUAUAAAAGAGCAAGUUAAUAGUAGACCUACAGAAGAUGAUUCUUCUAGUGAUGAAACGUCACAGGAAUUGAAAGAAUCACUGAAAAUAGAGUCUGUCCCAGUGGAGCAUUCAACCCAUGGGAACAUUCCGUCUUAUAAGAAGUCACUCAGAUUAUCUUCAGACCAAAUAGCAAAGUUGAAGCUCAGAGAUGGCCCUAAUGAUGUUGUAUUUAGUAUUACAACUCAGUAUCAAGGGACUUGUCGAUGUGCAGGAACAAUAUAUCUCUGGAACUGGAAUGACAAAAUCAUCAUAUCAGACAUUGAUGGAACGAUAACCAAAUCUGAUGCUUUAGGGCAGAUCCUCCCACAGCUUGGCAAGGACUGGACUCAUCAGGGCAUUGCAAAACUCUAUCAUUCUAUAAAUGAGAAUGGCUACAAGUUUCUGUAUUGCUCUGCUCGUGCCAUCGGAAUGGCGGAUAUGACCAGAGGGUACCUACACUGGGUGAAUGACAAAGGAACGAUUCUCCCUAGGGGCCCGCUCAUGUUAUCCCCCAGCAGUUUGUUUUCUGCUUUUCAUAGGGAAGUAAUAGAAAAGAAGCCUGAAAAGUUCAAAAUCGAAUGUUUGAAUGAUAUCAAGAAUUUGUUUGCUCCCAGUAAACAACCUUUCUAUGCUGCUUUUGGAAACAGGCCCAAUGAUGUGUAUGCCUACAUGCAAGUGGGAGUUCCAGACUGUAGAAUAUUUACUGUGAACCCAAAGGGUGAACUGAUCCAGGAACAGACUAAGGGAAACAAAUCCUCGUAUUUCAGACUAAGUGAGCUUGUGGAACAUGUGUUCCCAUUGCUUAAUAAAGAACAGAGUUCAGCCUUUCCGUGCCCAGAAUUCAGCUCCUUCUGCUACUGGAGAGAGCCUCUUCCUGACCUGAACAUGGAAGAUCUAGUCUGAAAAGCACUCCUCACUUAGGAAUGGAAUUUCAUAUUCAAUUACUCAACUUUAGUUUAAAUGUGAAGAACUUCCUUAAUGAAGAUGCUAAUUUAUAAACUGGUACCAUAAGUCUUACUAAAGAAAUCACUUUAACUGUGUCGGUUGGAGACAAAGAAAAUGCAAAGCUACUGUCUAAUUUUUGUUAUGUAUUUUGUGUGUGUUUUUUUAAUCCUGCAGUGCUCAUCUUUGCUUAACUGUUCUGAGGCACUUGAGAUUGGCCUGCCAAUAAUGAUAAUGGCACUCAAGUGUUUCAUGACAAUUAAUUGCUGAGGUAAACUAUGACUUUGCAUUUUCAUCAAUACAGACCUUACUGUAAGCAUAGACUUUUGUAUUAGUCUUAAUAGUAUAUUUUUUAAAAGAAGCCAAAAAGGGUAUAGAAACUGCCAAAUACAAUGUCAGACCUGUUAAUAAAAACCACGGUCUAACGUUCAGAUAGAUAAUUAGGCCAUUUUACAAAGGAGCCAGAACCUAAGAACAGCGCGCUCUUUCUUAAAUAAAAUACAGAACAUGUGUAAACAUUAACAGCCUGAUAGACUCUGAAGACAUAAAUUUCCUCUUUAAAUGUAAAUAUGCCUUUUUCACAUGUACAAGACUGUGCUUGUAGAGUUCGUGCUCGGAUGAACUCUACUUACUUUUUUUAAAUGUGCAGUGCUUAGACCACUUUCUGAGCUUGUUAAAAAUGAAAGUUGUCUUCAGAUACUCGUACGGCUUUUGUUGUUUCCAGGCUGUGUUGUUUUGUGUUACAUUUUGAUCAAGAGAAAUCUUGAAGAGUUCUUUAAGAGUUGGGGAGCUGGCAUUUUUAUUUCACUUUUCAGCACGGAGAUGCAUAUAUGUGUGUAUGCUGUGUAGGCCAGUAAAGAGUGUGUAUAGAUUAUAUUCAGGGAAUUGUAAUACUAAAAAAAUGAUGUAUUUAAUUUUUUAAUUAUCUACUGCAGGUCUUUCCAGAAUACUGUAUUACAGGUUUUCAGUAGCUGGAAAGAAGUGCAGCACAAUAGUGAGAUUCUAGAUAUGAGAAUGGUUUAAAUGCCACAGAGCAGAAUAAAACUUUUUUUUUUUUCUUUAAGUAAUUCAUAGGCAUCAUUCUGGUCAUGCCUUGGGUUCAGAUCAGAGCCUGUAAACAAACUGCAUUCCAAGUCUAGUAUUUAUCAGCUGUAAAAGCAGCAAGUAUUUCUCUCUCCAAAAAUACUUGAAGGCAAAAGUAGUUGUGCUUUUUAAGCUGAGUUAGUGCAUUUAACCUUCUUAGGACAAAUCUAUGAUGAGAAUAUGUUUCCAGCCUUGAGGGUUUAAGGAUUAUGGUCCCUUAAAUCUCUCAGUCCUGGGCUUCCUGUGGCCCACAGCUUUCCUUGUCACUUCUUAACCAAGUUCCUGAGGCCGUUCAUUUGGGGCAAGGCCCAAAAUUUCCAGCGGGCUGCAGGGGGAGCUCUCACCCAUACACAGCUUCCAGUGGUUGCACAAUUCUGUGCCAAGAAGCAUGAGCGAUGCUGAGAAGGCAAUUAUACUGUGGCCCACUGCAGUGCCUGGCAGCAGGGCUUCUCUUGGUCAGAAACAGGGCUUGGGGAUGUCCUUCUGUUCCAGCCUGCUUGUGCUGAGUAGAGGAAAGGAGGAGCUCAUGAUCUCCUUUUUCCACUACCUACAAAACAGUAUGUUUAAAGGAUUUCCCCUACCGAAAGGAAUAUUUUCUUUAUAAGGCCAAAUAGUCUUUCUGUAGGGUUCUGAUGUACCCUCACCCAGCCCUAGUCAAUUGGUGAGCUACUUGGGAGACAACGUUUGGAUCAUUAUAUAAAUUAAUUUACUUUUUUAAUUCUUCUGUUUUAAAGCCAUCGUGCGUUGCUCUGCCCACAAAAUAUUAAGUAAGGAGUGGAGGCAAGGGGAAUCAGCCUAGAGUCUCUUUCAAAGCAGGAGUGAGAGACUGGGAAAGGAAAUGUGGCUGUUACUGUGUGCCGUAUAUGUAAGUGAAUUGAAAGGCAUCCUCAUUCUUGUACUGUGAGAACUGUACUUUUUGUGACUGUUUACCAAACUGUUGGCUGUGUCGCCAACCUACUCAGUGUUUCAGUGGAUUUCACAGGAUUCAACUCAAGGCGUAUUUUGCCCUACUGCACAGUUUUUUUGCACUGGCUUACAAAUGUCAUUCCAUGGCUUCUUUUUCCUUUUUUUCUUACCUUUUGUUCCAUAGAUAUUCUUUUUAGAAGAAACUGAAAUUUUCAUGAUCACUAAGAGCUUUGAAAACCAAUGUUAUUUGGGAUUUUAAGUGGCUUAAAUACUUUUAAAAAAUUCCAAUAUAAUAAAAUAUUAUUUAACAAGAUUAAAGAUUCUAUCUAAAGAUUCAGUUUUACGUGAAGGGAGUGAAGCUGCCUCUCUGAAAACAGUCCUUUGUGGAUGUCAAAAUUUUCUUUUUAUUUAAUUGAUUCUUGAUGGCCUUGGUAUUAGGCAGGUUUUCUAAAAAUAAAAGCUCUUCACGAAAGAUAUAAAUUAUCUGAGAUAUCAUUCCAAAUUGAACAAAUUAUUACCAAAUUUUGGUUGUAUCUUUCUUGAUUUUUUUUUAACUUGGUUAAACAGAAUUCAAGUGAAGAAAAAAAUUAUCCUUUCAGAUUGUCAUAGAUAAGCUGUAGAUUUUACAGUGGGGACUUGGGUAAAUGAACAGUGUGAAAGCUAAUAACACAUGUAUCUCCAAAUGCCAAUAAUUUAAGCUGAUAUGAAUUACAGGGUUGUGUGAUUGUAGAGAGCUCCUUAUUCUGCUAACCUAUUAUUUGCAUUAUAGGAAUCUCCACAAAGCUGCUUAGUUAAAAAAAAAUUUCCACUCUCUGUAACAGCUGUAACUGUGAUAUUUAGUUUUUGAUAAAAUGUAAAAGUGUUUUUGAGUAUUUCUGAUACAUGUAUGGUGGACUUCUUUGCCUUUUUUAAUUUGGAAACAUCUUUUAUUUGAAGCUUUGUUCAGAUUGUUUAACCUUUUUUUUAGGGACAGAAUUUGGGGGGCACUGUUCCUGUCAUUGCAUACUUACUUAAUUCAGAUUUCUGGGCACUUUAUUGACUCUAGAAAAGACAUCUCAUUACUAUAAAACCACAGGCUUGUGCUGCAAUAUUAAUAUGAAGUGGGAUAGAUAAAAAUAUGCAUUAGCUUGUUGUUACCUUAGUUGAGAGAGGUGGCCUGAAACUAAUGUUUAAAAACAAGUUGUGCUAUAUUUAUUUAGAAUUAGCACAAGCUAAAUCAUUCUUUCUAUGAAAGAAGAACUUCUAAGUGCAUUUGUCUGUGAGCACAUGCACAUCCCUGUUAAGACUGUGUUGUUGAAGAUGCAGAUCCUCUUAGCAUUGGAACCGUGUCAAAAGUUGAGUAUGACGUGUAUCUAGGGAUAGAUAAGGAACAUUGCAAUUCAAGUCUCUAGUUACUUAGACAUUGUCCAUUUCUGUAAUGAUUUAAGGAUUAGUAAUUUAAGCACUUGUAUGCAAAUGAUAAACAUUUCUGGAUAUUUCUUUUCUUUUUUACUCUGCCGUGUUUAUACUUGUACUUCAAAAAAGGUUGGGCUUUCAUCCGUAACAGUUUACAGUUACGCGUGCAAUCUUGGCUCAUGUAUCUUCAGCUUCCUGUGAGCAGAACGCUCCCUUUAAAACUUUUUUUCAACUGGAACUUCUGAAGCAAAUUCUGAAUCAGUUUAUGGUAAAGCCGAAAGAGAUGAAAAGAGAUCUCAUGUUAAUAUUUCAUACAAGUCUUGUAGAAAAUGCUCUCAGAUGAAUGAAUUGUUUAAAUGACUGUAGUGCAAAUUCAUAAUGAGAACAACAAAAAUACAUAGUGAAGUUGAGAUGCCUUUAAAGUGUCACUUUUACUAAAGAAGUCUUUGUUUCCAGAGUUAAAUCCUGCUGGAUAGUGGGUUUUCUUUCUUUCUUUCUUUCUUUCUUUCUUUCUUUCUUUCUUUCUUUCUUUCUUUCUUUCUUUCUACAGUGUUAACUUUCAUUUGGAAAUAAUUAACUUCUGGGUUUCUUUGAGGAUGGGAAAACUCUCUUCAGCAGUUUCUGCUUCAAUUUUAUGUUGAACAUGUGGAAUACUUGAUUGUUAGACAACCCAGUCACUAAUAAGAUAGUGUUUAAAAUUGUUAAAUCUGUGACCAUACCAAUACAGUCUUUUUCUGUUGAUACUGGACUAUCCUGGGUGCAGUAACCCACACUUUGGUGCAAUGUUUAUUGAUGUUCAGAACAAUGUUACCACAAUAAACAAAUUUAAACUAAAA